GUCGCAGACUGGGUCGCUCCUGAGUGCGGGUGUGACAGAGGACUUGAAGCAAGAAGGUGGCACUUUGGAGAACCAGGAGGUGGCUGAGCUGGAAGAGAAGCUGCCUGACCAAAUCCAGCCCCUCAAAGGGAAAGCUGUUGUUGGGAUAACCAACUACCAUGUACCUCAAGGAGCAGGGGAUAUAGUCAUGAUUCAGUCCGAUCACACUGGUGCUGUGGAUAUCCUUUCAGCUGAGCUGGAGACCACAGACCUCCUUGGGGAGCAAAGGAAAGCUCAGCCUCCCCCUCUGGCUCCACCCACCAUGUGGACCACUGAGAAGAUGAAGGAAUUCAAAGCCAAGAUGGGAAAGGAGAAGAAUGGCCAGAUGGUGGUGAAGCGAGGUGAGGUGGUGACAGUCCGUGUGCCGACCCAUCCCGAUGGGAGAUCCAUCUGCUGGGAGUUUGCUACAGAUGACUACGACAUUGGCUUUGGAGUCUAUUUUGACUGGACCACAGUUACUAGCACUGCCAUUACUGUUCAGGUCAGCGAAUCCAGUGAUGAGGAGGACGAAGAGGAGGAGGAUGAAAUUGAAGGACUCGUCCCCGCCGGCGAUGUGGAACGGGGCUCCAGAAGCUGCCUGCGGAGCCGCUACGGAGAGAUCGUGCCCGUGUACCGGAGGAACAGCCACCGGGAGGUGCAGGCGGGCAGCCACCAGUACCCUGGCGAGGGCAUCUACCUGCUCAAGUUCGAUAACUCCUACUCCCUGCUGCGCAAUAAGACCCUGUUCUUUCAUGUCUAUUACAGCAGCUGAGGCAAGUGGAAGGGGCCGGGAUGGCAGGCAGGUCGUGGUGAGCAUAGGAGGCUGCCACCCAGCCCUGGUGCUGCCUGAUUGGCACUGCUGUCUGACGGAACCAAGGCAUAGUUCUGCCUGCUCCUCU